UACUAACAAGAAAAGAGUUUAAUAUAUUUAUUUUCAAUAAGAAAACAUAAAGAAAGAAAAUGAAAUGAACUAAAUGAAAAAGUUUGUUCGUUAUUGUUUCAGCUAUUGAAAUGUCUAUGGAAUUUGUUACAAUUUAGAUUCUAAGAUAGGAGAUAUUGGGUAGGGAGUGUAAGAAGGCCAAGACGGACGCGUGCUUGGUGUACACGUGUAUACAGUAUAUAUCUGUGCGUGUGUAUAUGCGAAGGCGAAUACAGAAAGAAUAAAUUAAAAAACAUCCCAUAGGUGGCAUUGCGAAUAUUAUAUUGAUUUGUGUCUGGCUGCAUUUAAUACUUGCAAGCCUAUAUUUUGAUCUGAGCCGUUGUUUUCCUGUUGGAAAUCAAAUCGACUCAUUCAAAUAAAACAUAUAUAUUUAAGUAAGAAUACUUUAAAUUCCUAAUCUGCUUGUUUGACGGGCCACAUUAAACUGGAUAAGCUUUAUUCUUUAUAAACUCUGAUCGAAUGUCUUUCGCCUAUUGAUGUCUUUUAAAGAGGUACAAUUUUUUUUAUCAGUAUGCACUCCCAUCAAUAGUAUUAUAUUUGCAAUUAUUUGACUGUAAUCCACUUAUCUAACUUAAAACAGAAAAGAUUUUAUUGAGUAGGUGUAUAGGAGUAUGAGCGAUAAUAUGAUUUAAAGAACAACUAGAAAAAUUCAGAGAAAAACAGUUCCAUCACUUAGUAUAGUUUAUUAUAUUAAUAUUACGAAUUUUUUCAAAGUACUAAUUGAUAUUCUAUAAUUAUCAGUUAAUGAAAUAAUAGAAGAGAAGAAGUUGAAGAAGGUUCACACUGUAUAUAGUAUAUAUAUUAUUAAUAUAUAGUAUAUAUAUAUAUAUACAUAUAUAUGUAUAUAUGUAUAUAUAUAUAUAAUAAUUAUAUAUGCAUAUAUAUACCUUAAAUACAAUGAACGAAAGAAGAAUAAACUUCGAAAGAACCCUAUCAGAAACAAUUAAAUUACUAUGUAGAGGGGAAUUUCAAAAAGAAGAAAGAUUUACAAUCAAUGGAACCAUAGGUGUCUCUUUGCCAAAUGAUAGAAUAUUUUUAGUUGGAAUUCACGAGGAAAUUAUCAAUAAAAAUGGUAGAAUUCAUGAAGAAAGUCCAACAAAUUUAAAUGAUGAAGCUAUAACGAAGGCUGCUGAUGAAGGGCCUGAUGUUAACAACUUUGAUAUUUUGCCAAUGUUAGUGGAUGAGGAAAAUCAACAAAAGAAACAAGAAGAUUCUUCGUCUUCCAUUAAUUGGGAUGAUGAUAGUGAUAGUCUUUCAUUAAAUUCUUCAAAUGCAUUGAAUCGGAGAGACUCAGAAACAGAUACUGACAGUAAACGAUCAGUUAUUAACUGCUCCAAUGAAGAAACUAGUCCUAACCCGGUUCAACUGCUGACUAUAAAAAAAGAAGCUAAUACAGAAGACUAUCAAUGCACCGAUUGUGGAAAAUGUUUUGAUAAAUCGUCUCUAUUAAAGCGUCAUAAAGUCGUUCACAAUUCUUCAAAGCCAUUUUUGUGUUCAUUUUGCGAUUCGGCAUUUAAAUGGAGAAAUAAUGCUCUAAGGCACGAAAGAAUCGUUCACGGAGAAAAAAAAAAAACAAGGUUUCAAGCUAUCAGUGAAUCAUCCAAUUUUGCUCAGUCAAGUAACACCAACAAGAGUCGAGGAUCUGCUGUAAGAACAUCUUUAGAGAGAAACCGCGUUGGCUUAAAAUUAUCUGAAGCUGCUCUAAAUAAGAGAAAAAGAAUUUGUAAUCCAGAAAGGCCUUUUAUGUGUAACAUUUGUAAAGCCUCAUUUACGUGGAAGAGUAAUUUGUACAGGCAUAAAAGAUUUCAACAUCAUACCGACAGUUCAACCGCUCUCAGCUGUUCAGCGUGUAAUGUUCACUUUGAUCUUAAAGCAAAUUAUGAUAAACAUAUGGAGUCAUGCCGUGGUGGGAAUACACCGGAUGGCUCAAAUGAAAUAAUUUCAGUUCAAGUAAAAAAUGGUGAGAAACCCGAAAAAAGAGAUCGAAAUGAUGUUUCAGCAAGAAAAAGGACGUUUUCAUGCAAAAUUUGUGAACUCAAAUUUGAUUAUAAAGAUGGUCUUGUCUCACAUAUCAUAAGAGAUCAUAAAGCUUUGAAAAAGUUUUCUUAGUACUUUCUUCUAGUUUCAUAUUUAAGAAUGUAUAUCUAUAGACUAAAGUAUAUUGUUUAUGAGUAUAUAUGUACUGAAUAUACACUAGGUGCUGUACAUAUACAUACAUAUAGUAUACAGUAUUUAUAUUUAUGUAAUACUUGUAUAUAAGUUUAUACCACCUUUUUAUUUCUUUUUCUAAAGGAAUAUUGUUGUUUUUCUAUAUUUAAUAAUUAAUUAGUUUUUCCUAUUCGUAUUCACAUUUCUGAUGUUAUUUCAUUUUUUAGUGAAAUUAGAUAUUUAAUUAUUUAUAUUUUUGUUAGAUAAAAGUGAAGAGCUAUCUCGUUCGAUGUUGAACUCUUAGUUUAUUAUAUUCUACACUAUGUUAAGCUACGCCUCAGUCGCCAUCUAACGAAAGAUGUUGUAAAAAUACAAAAUAUUAAGAUUUUUUGUUUUUGCAGUAAUGUCUUUAUAAAAUUUUCUUGCCCGAAAGUGUUUUCAUUCUGUACAUUUAAAGGCAAUUAAAAGAAAUAUACUACCUAUGUGUUAGUAAAUACCUUGCGAGUAAAGGAACCCAUACAAAAAGCGCACUUUAUGAUAAAUAAGCCUAUAGAAAUUGUUAUUUUAUACCUAUUUCUUAUUUUACUAUUGUUUCAUGUACGGCAGUCUCUAAUAUUCUAUCAAGCUAAUUCCUAUUUUUAAUUAGUACUAACAUUCUCUAUAAGG